UUGUAAAAGAAAUAAAGGUCGAGAAACCACAUCAAGAAAUGGAAGAAAAGAAACCAGUCAAAAAAGAAAUAAAAGUGGAGAAACUGCCCAAAGAAAAGAAACCUGUCAAAGAAGAAAUAAAGGUCAAGAAACCUCCCAAAGGAAAACUAGGUUUUGAGAAACCUGUCAAGGAUAAGAUCAAGGAAAAGAAACUUUCAGAAGAAGGAAAAUCUGAACAGAAACACCAAACCGAAAAAAUAGGAGUAAAGAAACCUAAAGAAGAUAUUAAGCCCAAAAGAACAAUCAAACGGGAGUUUCCAACUGUCCUCAGGAAGCAACAUCUUAAUGUGACAAAACCUGAAGCCACUCCAAUCAAGACCAAAAAGGUGGCAGUUGUGAAAAAGCUCGAAAUCCCAGACAAAAAUGUCUCCUUAACAAAGACGAAAGUAAAGGCAGUGCCACUACGAAAAGUUCCUGAGGUUCCAAAAGAAACAACCAAGCCUUCAAAAGUCAAAAAAGUUGCUGAGGUUCUUAAGGAGAAGAAGAUUGAACCCAUCACUCACAAAAAAGCAGCUGUUAUUAAGGCAAAACCAGCACCUGCUGAAAAGAAGAAAGAGAAAACUGUCCUGAAGGAGACGGUAAAAGAUAAAGUUAAAGAAGACAGAGUUCUUAAAGAGAAACAGGAGCCAGCAAAGAAAGAAAAACCUGCGGAGAAGGCUGCCAGAGACGAGAAGGUUGAAGAACAACUUUUGGACAGCUUUCCCAUGGAUGAAAACUGGCUGGUAUGUUUCUCUCCAGACGAGCUGCCGUACUUCCAGUGUUUCUUCCUGGACGAGGACGAGGCUCAGUUUCCAUUUUAUGCCUUCUCACCUCUACACAUUUAACUCCCAGUGUGCAUCUAAUCUGAGGCGGCCUUACUCAUAACGACAAAGUCCUGUCACACUCCGAGCUGCAGAAACAUGGCGGCACCCGUUCACUGUGUCCAACAAGCGACACAGAGCGGGUGAAAUGCGACGGACUGUUUUUAUCGUUUUGCUUCCGGGUCUGGUUGAGCUCUCGUUUUGAAUACACGAAGACAGCGUCAUUCCUUUUGAUUCAUUUCCAAUUUCUGCACUCCAGUUACAUUUUAACUUGAACAACCAAGACUUUUGCAAAAUAGUCUGUGCAUACAGUAUAUUUAGUUUGCUUUUCAAAUAUAACACAUUCUUAUAAUCUCACUCAUUUAAAGAAUUUUGUUCUCUUAAAGGAAAAAAUGUAUCUCCACGUAGCAGAAUUUUUCUUUUAAUUUUUGCAUGUAAACUAUGGGAUGGAAUGACCCUGCUCUGUAUCUGAAAGCUCCCAGACUCACUGCAGGAUGAUACCUGUGAUGAAGUCUUAUUUAAUGAAAUCAUCUGCACCAAGUGCUUGUUUAAAAGUUGGUGCUGCUUUUCUUGAACUCUGGUUUGAGUCCAAGUUUAUUUUGAGAUGGUUUUUACCAUCCGGUCUCCGUAAUUCCUUGACUGACCAAACACGUGACGUCGUUACCAGCUGUACCUGAUAUAUUUGAGGUAAGCAGGUUCUUCUGCCCAGGUAACAUCUAAACAUCCUGGUGUCGAGAUGUUCACUGAGAGCUAAACACGACAUCGAUCAUGCAAUAGCAACCGAUUUGCUUAUCCGUUGCUCCCGACAAGCAAUAUUACUGACUGCGUGGUGGAUUCCACGCAGAAACUUUUAAGCGUUUUCUGAGCCGUGGUCCAAUUUAAACCUGGCAACACAGAAAUCCUCAGAUGCUCACGGAGUGAGCUUCGCCAGCUGCAUAUGGUUCAUUUGCUGUUUUUUGCACCAUAUGCUGCACAGAAGACAGGAGGAGUGCUCUGAUUUAAAGCACCAGUCCUGAGUCGAAUGUCAAACUCCUUACAGCUUCGGAGGAAAUUGCAGGAACAAGCUCUACGACGGGGCACACGUCGCAGCUCUCCAGUAACUUAAACUGUAAAGGCUGUAUAUUACAGUGAUGUUUAUAAAUACCCACCAAAAAUGUUGUGGUUGGUGUGUAAGAGUGAGCUGUCCUGUCGUUGCAUACCUGUAGGAGGAAUGUGCAAUACUUAGUUAAUGUAAUGAUCUCAUUGAUUUGAUGGCAUCUUUGGCUGUCUUUUAAUAGCCUGUGCAUGUUGCGUGUGUGUUUUAUGCUCCCAAAUGUUGAGACUACAUGACGACUUCCUUCGAAUCAAAACCUAAUAUAUAGUAGAAACACGUGAAGCACUGACGUAAUUUUAAAUCAGAAACUCGUGUUUCUGAUGAGCAACUUGAAAGUUUUUUUCAAGUUGCUCAGAGACGACAAGAAUCUUGAUGUAAAUAGUUUAAAAAAUGAAACAAAAAUGUUUAUUUUAACUGGAACCAUUACCACCUGAAUUGCAUUUCCCUGCUGUAAACUUGUAUUAUGUAUAAAUUUGUCAGGCCCUCAGUAUUUUUGUCAAUAAAAACAACUUGUCAGCGAAAUAAUGCUACGUG